UCGCUUCGCCCCGCCCCGUCCCCCCUCGCCCCGCCCCCCCGGUCAGCCCCGCCCUGCCCCGCGCCGCCAAGCGGUUCCCGCCCUCGCCCAGCGCCCAGGUAGCUGCGAGGAAACUUUUGCAGCGGCUGGGUAGCGGCACGUCUCGUGCUCCUCAGGGCCACCGCCAGGUUUGCCGAGUCCUGGGACUGCUCUCGCUCCGGCUGCCACUCUCCCGCGCUCUCCUAGCUCCCAGCGAAGCAGGAUGGCCGGGACCGUGCGCACCGCGUGCUUGGUGGUGGCGAUGCUGCUCAGCUUGGACUGCCCGGGACAGGCACAGCCCCCGCCGCCGCCACCGGACGCCACCUGUCACCAGGUCCGCUCCUUCUUCCAGAGACUGCAGCCUGGACUCAAGUGGGUGCCUGAAACUCCCGUGCCAGGAUCAGAUUUGCAAGUAUGCCUCCCCAAGGGCCCAACAUGCUGCUCAAGAAAGAUGGAAGAAAAAUACCAACUAACAGCACGAUUGAACAUGGAACAGCUGCUUCAGUCUGCAAGUAUGGAGCUCAAGUUCUUAAUUAUUCAGAAUGCUGCGGUUUUCCAAGACUGCGUUGAGAAUCUGUACCUCAGUACUGGCACAGCUGUUGCCCAGGACUCGGGAACUGCUCAGAAGGAGCUCUUGUGGUCCCUUUCCUACCCGAGUCAGGCUAGGAGCAGGCAGCCCUCUUGGUCAG